GAAUUAUGGAUUGGGCCCUGUAUGAACUGCAUUCUGAACAAUUUGACAGACCUGGACUGGAGUAGUUCGCAUGAAAAGUUCCCUGCGAUUCGUGCCCAUAACAAUGUUAUGUAUAUUAACAUGGUACUGGCGCAAAGUACUGAGUCAGGGUGUCAUCAGCAGCAAAGGUGCUGCUCGCGCCUUAUGCCUAGGUAACUCUUUCGAUAUCCGCCGCAAAGUUAGUGACAGCAAGCGCACGCCAAGCCAAUCGUCCGAAAGUAUAUCAGUGCGGCUACACCAUUUGUGACUGGAAGAAAAGAUAACAACGCGGAGGAAGAGUCAGAGGAUAUGGGCGUUAUCUAUGAAGGCGGUAGGCCAUAGAAUAGCUU